ACCUCGGGGGCACCCAUCGCAGCCCCCCAUGGACUUCUAGGUGCCCACCCCGAAGUUCUCCGGCAUGGCCAAAACCACCUCGCUGCACUGCCGGGUGGUGGAGGGGAAGGACCUGCCUGCCAAGGAUGUGUCCGGCUCCAGCGAUCCCUACUGCGUGGUCAAGGUGGACAACGAGGUGGUGGCCAGGACGGCCACGGUGUGGAAGAGCCUGAACCCUUUUUGGGGUGAGGAGUACACCCUGCGCCUGCCCCGCGGCUUCCGCAGCCUCGCCGUCUACGUGCUGGAUGAAGACACCAUCGGGCAGGACGACGUUAUCGGCAAGGUCUCGCUCAGCCGCCGGCAGAUCUCGGCUGAGCCGCGGGGCGUUGACGGCUGGCUCAGCCUGGCGCCCGUGGACCCGGACGAGGAGGUGCAGGGCGAGAUCCACCUGGAGCUGCAGGUCCCGGAGCAGGGCCACCCACGGGUGCUGCGCUGCCACCUCAUCGAGGCCAGGGACCUGGCCCCCCGGGACCUCUCGGGCACCUCGGACCCCUUCGCCCGGGUGUCGUGCUGCGGGCACACGUUGGAGACGGCUGUGAUUAAGAAAACCCGUUUCCCACACUGGGACGAGGUGCUGGAGUUGGAGCUGGCGGAGGGCGAGCCGGGGGAGGCCGUGCUGAGCGUGGAGGUGUGGGACUGGGACAUCGUGGGCAAGAACGACUUCUUGGGACGGGUCGAGUUUCCCCUGGACACCAUCAGCACAGACCCCGCCAAGGGCUGGUUCCAGCUCCUGCCUUUCCCCAGCACCACCAAGGACCACGGGGGGCAGCUGGGCGCCCUGCGGCUGGCGGUGCGGCUGGUGGAGGACACGGUCCUGCCCCCCCCAUACUACCAGCCCCUCAUCCAGCUCCUCACCGAGCCCAUCCUCUGCCAGGGCCAGCCCCCCGACGGCACAGCCCUGGCCGUACUGGAGGAGGUAACCUUGGGAGAGAGCCGGCAGGACGUGGCCACCAAGCUGGUGAAGAUCUUCUUGGGGCAGGGGCUUGCCGUGCCCCUCCUGGACUAUCUCACCACCCGUGAGCUGGCCAGGACCACGGACCCCAACACCCUCUUCCGAUCCAACUCGCUGGCCUCCAAGUCCGUGGAGCAGUUCAUGAAGGUGGUGGGGCUGCCCUACCUGCACGAGGUCCUGAAGCCCGCGGUGAACCGCAUCUUUGAGGAGAAGAAGUAUGUGGAGCUGGACCCCGGCAAGAUGGAGCUGAGCCGCAGCAGGAGGAUCUCCUUCAAGGGGUCCCUGUCGGAGGCGCGGGUGCGGGAGAGCAGCCUGGAGCUGCUGAAGGGCUACCUGGGGGACAUCGUCGACGCCAUCGUGGGCUCGGUGGAGAAGUGUCCCCUCCUCAUGAGGGUGGCCUUCAAGCAGCUCCGCAGGCGGGUGGAGGAGCAGUUCCCCUCGGCGCGGCACGAGGAGGUGCGGUACUUCUCCAUCAGUGGGUUUCUCUUCCUCCGCUUCUUUGCCCCCGCCGUCCUCACCCCGAAACUCUUCAGCCUCCGGGAGCAGCACGCCGACCCCCGCACCGGCCGCACGCUCCUGCUGCUCGCCAAGGCGCUGCAGAGCAUCGGCAACCUGGGGCUGCAGCUGGGGCAGGGCAAGGAGCCGUGGAUGGCCCCGCUGCACGCCGUCCUGCUGCCCAGCGUCACCCGCGUCAAAGCCUUCCUGGACAAUCUGGUCGCGGUGGAGAGUGCCGAGGCGGGCGAGGAGCCGGUGCUGCCGGCACUUUUCCGUCCCCCGGCCACCAUCAAGGAGGGGUACCUGCACACCCGCACGGCGGGGGGGCCUGCCCUGCUGCCCCGCUUCGCCUUCAAGAAGAGGUACUUCUGGCUCAGCACCGAGGCCCUGACCUACUCCAAGUCCCCCGAGUGGCAGGUGCGCUGCUCCAUCCCCGUGCCGUGGAUGCGGGCGGUGGAGCGGGUGGACGAGGGCACCUUCCAGCACCCCCACGUCAUGCAGAUCGUGGCACAGGAUGGUGCUGGGCAGCUCCACACCACUUACAUCCAGUGCAAGAGCGCCCAGGAGCUGUGGCAGUGGCUCUGGGCGGUGCGGCAGGCCAGCAGCACCAACGAGGCCAUGUUGCCCACCUGCCACCCGGGCAUCUUCCGCGCCGGCCGCUGGACCUGCUGCCUGCAACCUGCCUGCACCGCGCCCGGGUGCAGCCGGACCCACAGCACCGUGGUGCUGGGCGAGUGGAGUGACCCCCUGGACCCCGCGGCGGCGGCGCAGACCCUCUACGGGCACCUGCGGCAGGCGGGGGCACGGUUGCGGGUGGCGGGGGCCGAGGGUGCCGAGGGCAGCACGGCGUCCGAGCCCCCCUGCCCGGGGCAGGCAGGCGGACCCCUCGGGGGGCGGCUGCAGGCGGUGCUGCGGGACCUGGACAUCGCCCACGACGCCUUCGCCCGCCGCGACGGCGCUCCGGGGCCGCCCCCGAGCCCCCCCCCCGGCUCCCAGCCCCCCCACGACCCCCUCCCCGGCCCCGGCGCCCGCCACUUGAACGGCGGCGGCUGGGACUACACCUCCCAGCAUGCCCUGCGCCCCCUCCGCGCGCCCAGCCCGGCCCGCCCGGGCCGCGGUGCCUGCUGGGAGUUGUAGUCCACACCGCCCACUCCCCUCUCGCUGCCCCCGCCCGCCUCCUCCCUCUCGGCGGGACCCUCAUCCCACCCGGGGCCCGUGUCCAGACAGCGGGGCUGGGGCCCCCCAGCACACGCGUGUGCAAACACACCCACCCACCCACACGCUCUCCUCUGUCCACGGGGGGUGCCCCAAACCCCCCACCAUCACCACCAGCCCAGCAUCCCCAAAGGGAGUGAGUGACACCCACCCUCAGCGGCACCCCACUGGGGGACGGAUCCUGCGGCGAUGCCACUCGGCACCCCGGGAAGGCGGGAGGUGCAGGGACUCGAGUGGGGACACGGUGGGGACACGGGGACACCGUCCCGGCGCGGGGUGUAUUCUGUAACACGGAGAUGUACACAUGGCA